GUGACUCGUCUCCGGGGGAGGUUUCUGGACUCUGACAGGUGUCUGGUCCUUUCCAGUCGACCCAGCACGACGUCGGGAUUCCCGGUCCUGCGGUGUGGCACCGAAACCGGCUCUGUUUUCUUCCACUGAUCCCCGCGGGAGACAGGAAGAGCGUCUUCAGAAUCAGGAGCUGACUCCGAGGCCAAGCAGCAGCAGGAGAACAAGGAGUCUGAGAAGGGGAACUCCAAAGCUGCCGCUGCACCCACUUCACCUCAGAACCAACCGGAACAACUCCCUGCCGCUGUCGGACACAGCACGCCGACCAGGAAAGAGCAGGUGACCCAGGAGUUGCUUGACGAGGACCAGGAAUCCCAGAGGUCGUCCACCAGUCGACUGUCCCGCUCGCCGUUAAGAGGAGUGAAGAAGGUGAAGAUCAUGCAGUGCAAGGUGACGCUGCUGGACGGCUCCGAAUUCACGCUCAAUGUCGAGAAAAGAGCCAAGGGUCAAAUGCUCUUCGACAAAGUGUGUGAUCACCUCAACCUGCUGGAGAAGGAUUACUUUGGCAUUACCUACAGAGAUGUGGAAAAUCAGAAGAAUUGGCUGGAUCCAUCCAAAGAGCUGAAGAAGCAGAUCAGAGCUGGUCCCUGGAACUUUGCGUUCAAUGUGAAGUUUUACCCUCCAGAUCCCUCCCAGCUGUCAGAAGACAUCACAAGGUACUACCUCUGCCUUCAACUGAGAGACGACGUGGUUUCAGGUCGGCUUCCGUGUUCUUUCGCCACCCACACCGUUCUGGGAUCGUACACAGCUCAGUCUGAGCUCGGCGACUAUGACCCUGAUGAAAUGGGCAGCGACUACAUCAGCGAGCUACGCUUCGCGCCAAACCAGACCAAAGAGCUCGAGGAGAAGGUCGUGGAGCUUCACAAAACCUACAAGAGGAUGACUCCGGCCGAAGCCGAAAUGCACUUCUUGGAGAAUGCAAAGAAGCUGUCCAUGUACGGUGUGGACCUCCACCACGCAAAGUUGGUAGGGAGUCUCUAUGAAAGCUUGGCUCCUGCUGAGGGGGAGGAUUCAGAGGGAGUGGAGAUCAUGCUGGGAGUUUGCGCCAGUGGCCUCCUCAUCUACAGAGAUAGAUUGCGGAUCAACCGGUUUGCUUGGCCCAAAAUCCUCAAGAUCUCCUACAAGAGGAACAAUUUCUACAUCAAAAUUCGGCCUGGAGAGUUUGAGCAGUUUGAAAGCACAAUUGGCUUCAAGCUUCCAAACCACCGUGCUGCCAAAAGGCUGUGGAAGGUCUGCGUAGAACAUCACACCUUCUUCAGGCUUGUGUCCCCCGAAGCUCCCCCCAAAAAGUUCCUUUCUCUUGGUUCCAAGUUCCGCUACAGCGGCAGGACGCAGGCUCAGACACGCAGAGCCAGCUCUCAGAUCAUCCGUCCAGCCCCGCUGUUCGAACGCUCCUCCAGCAAACGCUACAACAUGUCCCGCAGUUUAGAUGGAGCCCCGAUUAUGGAGAACCAUGAAUCCCUAAUGAAGGACAGUGCUGCUGACGGGGCAGCCAAAGUCAUUGCCAAAGGAGACACUAUCACCACGGUAACAGAGAAAAAGGCAGAGGAGGAGAAGGCGGAGAAGGAAGAUGCCGCCCAGACGCCUGACGCGGCGGUGACCACGCCGCUGAGAGCAGACACCAAGUGCUCCCCUCCUGUAUACACAACUGACCCCCUCCACUCUGAGCUCUCGCUACCUUCAUCUCCUGUUUCAUCGACAAAAGUGCGGCGGCGGCGCAGGGAGAAGGCGCGUAAGCGGGCCUCAUCGGUCAGCCCGGUGAAGAACAGCGCCGGCUGCCAACGCAGACAGGCUCGGUCAGACCGCAACGCCGCCCUCCUAGAGGAGCAGGCACUGCUGCUGUCGGCCCGCAAACAGAGGCUGGAGGAUGCCAAGAGGCGCGGCGGCACUCUGUUUUCCUUCUCCCUGCACCUGCCUGACCUUUCUUCCAUCUUGGAUGAAGACGGAUACCUCACAUUCCCGGACCUAUCAGAGAUGCGCUUCCUCCCAGAGUGCGCGCAGAACUUUCUGCCCAUCAAGUCACCGUCACUCAUUCCCUGCUUCCUCUUCAUCUUCUUUUUCCUUCUCUCCACGUCGUUCUCCGUCCCCUACGCGCUCACCCUCUCCUUCCCCCUGGCUCUGUGUCUUUGCUACUUGGAGCCCAAAGCAGCGUCCCUGACCGCCACCUUUGCCCAGGGCUACCAUGACCAUGACAGUUCAGAGGAAGAGGAGACCGACAGCGAGCACACAGACUUUGCUUUUGAUGGCGAGAUGACGGCCACUGAGUCGGAAGCCGACGAGGACUCUGAGAUGCCGACUCAGGAGGCUGAAACCCCAACAGAGGUGGCCAAGCACCAAACCAACAUCAGCGAACUGAAGCGCUCCUUCCUGGAGUCCGACACGGUCAUGCCGGGCCUUACCGAGUGGGAGAAACGCCUCUCCUCCUCCCCGGCUCGCUCACCCCGAGGCGAUGAGGCACCUAUGAUCGAGCCGCUGGACGUGCAGGAUACUGGCGAUGGGCCUGAGACAGCGGAGGAGAAACCAAAAACCAUUGAGGCGGCAUCUUAUUCGGUGAAGUAUGUGAUGGAUAGUCUCCUCACUGAGGGGCCCACCUCCUCUGGACCUCAUGGGAUCAGUCUGUCAACCACUCUGGACGACGACGUGUUCAUAGACACCACCCUCAGGGACGUGGAGGAGAAAACUCCCGACUCAGAGAAGGUCAGCCCCGGAGCCGUCCGACAGGAAGUGUCCCAGGCCAUCAUCGGCAAGAAAGGGACGCUCAUCAUCCUGAAGGAUGCCGAUGACAAGGCGGAACCGGAAGACAGAGAGCCCGGUGAAGUCCUGGCAGCUCUUGACACAGAAGCGAUGGAGAAUGGUUUGCCGUCUCCAGAAGAAGACGAGUAUUGUCUGGACGAAGACGCUUCUGCUGAGGAAGCCAAGACCAAUGGGUUGCCUCAUCAUGUGAUCGAGACAAUAUCUGAAGAAGUGAUCCAGAUAAGAGUCGUUCAUUCGCCCAAGAAGGCCAUGGCGUCCUGGGUGUCAGAGGCGGUGAAGGACGGCGCUGCCGAGGUCAUCGGCACGAUGACAAACGAAGUCAAGGAGAUGAAGUUUGAGGAGAAGAAAACCGAGUUCAAAACAUUCAAAGACGGCAAGAUGCUUGUUUGUGAAUCUCCAGCGCCGUCUGUGGAUGGGUCCACACUUGGAUGGGUUUCCUCUUCUCUGAGUUCCACCGUUCUGAAGACAUCGGCAGAUUUGAAGGAGAAACCCGCCGUUGCCUCGGAGACAGAGCCAGUUCCAGCUGAGUCGACUGUGACCACGAGUGCUGAUGCAGCUACCAAAGAGAUCCCUGUGGUGCACACAGAGACCAAGACCAUCACCUAUGAGUCCUCUGAGGCUGACACCAACGGCGACGCCGACCCUGGGGUCCUGUUGAGCGCUCAGACCAUCACCUCGGAAACCACCAGCACCACUACCACCACACACAUCACCAAGAUGGUGAAAGGCGGCAUUUCAGAGACAAGAAUUGAGAAAAGAAUUGUCAUCACAGGAGAUGCGGACAUCGACCAUGACGAGGCUCUGGCUCAGGCCAUAAAGGAGGCUAAAGAGCAGCAUCCUGACAUGUCAGUGACCAAAGUAGUGGUACAUAAAGAGACAGAGAUCACGCCAGAGGAGGGGGAGGACUGACCCAGGAGUGAAGCUGAUGCCUUUUUCUGUUCAACCUCCCAAAAAGCAACAUCCAGAUUUCCACAUACUCCACCUGGAUCCACCGAAGACUAGACGCGCUCCUGCCCCGCUCGCCGCAGGUCCAAACUACCACUUAGAAAAGCAAAAGCAGUGCAUUUAUGCAUGAGAAGGACACCACAUCUGCAAGUUCCCAGAGAAAACCGUUUUGGGAAACAGUCCCGCGCUGCGUCGCACUGUGCAGCUAACCUGCUUCCACUGCCUUAUGAGUUCCACCUGUUUUCAUGACCACCAGGAAGAUGAUUGAUGUAGCAGCAGUUUAUUUAUGAGAUGAAGCCAUCACUCCACAGCAGGAGCUGUAGCUGUCAGUCACCUCGCCGCCUUCACUCCAAGACAGAUCACUGCUCGUCUGUACAUAUCAAGCUUCACCGGGACAGUAGCGAGUCCCCACCCCGCCCCCCCAUCUUCGUCAUUUGUACUUGAAUUUUACUUUUUAUGAUCAUUUCAGUGUGUUUCUCCUCCUCCAUCGUCGCUAUACCGUUUAUCAUAACCAGCUCCGAUUGCCAAGGAUUUUAAAAGUCUAUAGAUUUUUAUGUGCCUGUGCAGGCAAUGAAUGUUUUCCAGAGUAGAACGUUCCAGAGAGCCAGAAGAAGAGAGUGGUGAUAAUCCCUGGGAAUAUAUAUCAGCUGUCUGCCUCCCUCAUGUCGUCAGCCGUCUCACCCUGUGUUGUACUGCAAUGUUCCUCCUCCAGAUGGCCAAAUAAAGUGGCAAAUACAGCUCC